AUGAAGAAACUUCUCAGUCGUCGAAACUUGUACCUUGCGAUUGUACUGUGUUCCUUUCUUCUCGUUCUUUUGCAAAAGAGAAGCGCAACUAUUAUCGAAUUCAAAACAAAUAUCCAAAUCCGCGAAAGUCGAAAAGCGGCGAAAAAUGAGGAAAGAAAAAGCUGCGAGGAGACGAAGAAAAAUGUUAUUUUCGUGAAAACUCACAAAACAGCGUCUUCCAGUGUUCAAAAUGUUCUUCUUCGCUACACCGUCAACCACGGCUUAAAUCUGGCAAUGCCUCGCCACAACGGCGCCAGAUUCUACAAUCCAGAACCCUUCCGCCCCGACAUGGUCCGCCCAUUCUACGAAGAGGAUGAACGACCCAAUGUCAUUGCUAACCACCUCGUUGCGUCUCCCGAACUCUUUGACUUCAUUCCAAACGCUUUUACUUUCACGAUUCUCCGAUCAGUUCCAAACCUUUACGAGUCUACAUUCGAGUACUUUAAAACGUCUACUAAAGCGUUCAAAAAUGCGGAAAAUAUUGAUUCAUUCUAUUCAAAUCCAGAGCAGUUCUACUCUCCCGGAAGUCAUUAUAAUGAGUAUACAAGAAAUCACAUGGGAAAGGGCUUAUUUAUAUCGAUAAUUGAAUAUUCUUGA